CGCUCACGGGAUGACGUCACAGGCCGUUCCCUACAACAUGGCGGCUGUGUGUGAGGAGGCGGAAGUGUCAGUGUUGUGGUUAGUGAGCAUGUGACUGCCCCCUGCAGGCUGGAGGGAGUGAGCGUAUCUCACCAUGAACAAUAAGGACACCACCACUGAGUCUGAGAAUAACCGUCAGAUGAAGGUGUUUCUGCCCAAUAAGCUAUUGGAGUGUUUGCCUCGGAUAAACACGCUGCCUAAAGAGAGACUCCGCUGGAACACCAAUGAGGAGAUCGCAUCUUAUCUGAUCUCAUUUGACCGACAUGAAGAGUGGCUCUCCUUUACACUCAAGACCAGACCGCAGAAUGGCUCAGUCAUUCUAUAUAACAGGAAGAAGGUGCAGUACAGGAAGGAUGGAUACUGCUGGAAGAAACGGAAGGAUGGGAAAACUACACGGGAGGAUCACAUGAAGCUCAAAGUGCAAGGAACUGAGUGUCUCUAUGGUUGUUAUGUCCAUUCCUCCAUUGUUCCAACAUUCCACAGGAGGUGCUAUUGGCUGCUGCAGAAUCCAGACAUUGUGCUGGUCCACUAUCUGAAUGUGCCGAAUGUGGAGGACAGCGGGAAAGCUUGUGGGCCGGUGCUGUGUGCCGUAACCGACCGUCGAGACGGACUGCGCUGGAGCCGAGAGGAGCUGCUUUCACAACUUAAACCCAUGUUUCACAGUAUGAAGUGGUGUGGCAGUGGACAUGGGGCCGAGGUGUCCAUUGAGCAGCUUGUGCAGCAGAUUCUGGAGUCACAACAGACCAAACCGCAACCUCGCACACACACCUGCCUCUGUAACCAUGCUGCUUCUGGGAUGAACAUUCCUCAUCGUUGUAACAGCACAAAACAUCGCAUCAUCUCCCCGAAGCUGCCAUGUGGCCCCGCCCCCUACUUCACUGAAGUCCAGAACUUAACUCAUGAGAGCUCAGGGGGCGGGGCAGUCAGCAGAGAUGGAAGUGCAGGGGAUGCUGUUGCAGGAGCUGUGGCCAAUGAGAAAGCUCAUCCCUCCAGCCCAGCAGUUGUCCUUGACAACGGGAGUUCUGGUCCGCCUUCUUCCUCCUCUUCCAGCCCACCGCAAACACAACGCUCAGCAACAAUUGCCAUUGGCAAUGGCAAUGGUUUCUAUGGUGACCAACAUGGUGGCCUGGCAACAGUAGCUUUGCCUCAGAAUGCAGUAAUUGUUAUGACGACAACAGCAGCAGCGGCUGCAUUAGGCCAGGGAGGGGAGGAGUCUAAAUGCGAGCUCAAUUCUGGGCACCUGUCAGUCACACAUAAUGGAGGUCGGCUCCUCUUAUCACCCGUCCCAACCAAACAGGACACGCCCCCUUCCAGUCCUGCCCCAGUGCCGCCCAAUCAGGGUGUGGCUACACUUUCCCUCACUCUUCUGCCCAGUCCUGUGAUUGGAGGACUGCUUUUGACAGAUCGCAUAAUUGCAGACAAGCCCAGCGCAAUGCUCCGGCCCUCGUCUCCCUCUCCGUCCUUAAUGACACCACCAUCUACUCAGACCGCCUCUGUACCUGCCUCUACCCCUGUUGUGCCAACACCAUUUGACCCUGAUUCUUUUCUCAACAGCCCCAAACAGGGCCAAACUUACGGUGGCUCCUCCCUCUCCCCUCCAAACACAACUAAUUCUGCCUCUUCCUCUCAGAGCCCACCCCCUUCUUCUUCUCCACAGCCUCCUUCAUUUGCAUUGACUCUUUCUCCAACCUCUCCACCCUCAUCUCUCUCUUCUCUCUCUCCUCCCACGUCUACGCCAAACUCAGCCUCGCUGUCUCCUUCUCUCUCUUACUCCCUCUCUCCUGCUUGCCCUGCCCCCUCUUUUCCUCCCCUUUGUCUUGACUCCUCAUUGACUCUUGAUUCACUGACCCACCCACUAAGCCCCACCCUGGACACUCGGGUCUCCUCGCCAUCAUUGGAAAUGACCCCCCGAAGCUCUGCCAGCGAUGGCCAAACUCUUCUGAUUGGACAGGAUGGAAAUGUGCCAUCUACUCUUCUGUCUGUAAACUACACACACAACCAACUGUUUCCUUCAUGUCACUUGACACUCAGUCAGCAGUCACUCAGUCAGCAGUCACUCAGUCAGCAGUCACUCAGUCAGCAGUCACUCAGUCAGCUCACUCCUAAAGCGCUGACUAAUCAGCCUCUAGCUGAUGGAGAGGGGGCAGGGCGUAGGCUUCAGGAACCGAUGACCCAAACACACACAGACUCACAGGAUUUGAGGCAGACGAGGCGAGGCCUGUGCCAUAGUUUGAGCCAGACAGCUCUGCUCACACACAAUGACGCACACAGAGAUUCUCUCACACACGCUGACACACAUACACACUCGCAUACACACAAACUCAUUGCACAGCUGAGUCCUGUUCAGGUGAAGGAGGAAAAUUCUCCACCCAUAACUCUGCGAGAAUUAGAGUGUGAUGAAAUUCCCAUGGACACAGGUCACAGUUCUGAUAGCACCACCAAGAAACACAGACAAGAGGUGGAGCUCUCAUUUGACUCCACCUUUCCUGACCUGAUAUCUGAACUCAUCACUGAGGAAACAAGCAGCCACUCUGCCUGUACAAGCCUAAACUCUGCCAUCAUUCCCCCCACUUACCCAGUCAGGUAUAUGGCCCCGCUUCAGCCGACACCCUCCACCUCCUACCUGCCCUACACACUCCUAACACAGACACACACACACUCCAGCACACACUCCAGAAUGGGGGAGGAACCUCAGUGUCUCGCUAGCAUCACCGAUUUCUCACCUGAGUGGUCGUAUCCUGAGGGUGGGGUGAAGGUGUUGAUCACAGGUCCCUGGUCAGAGGUGAGCUGCAGGUAUUCGUGUGUGUUUGAUCAAAGUACAGUACCUGCUUCACUCAUCCAGCCUGGAGUACUGCGCUGUUACUGCCCUGCUCAUGAAGCAGGUUUGGUGGCUCUGCGUGUGAUGAAGAACUCGGACGCCGUGUCGUCGUCUGUGCUCUUUGAGUACCGAGCACGAAAUGCGGCUUCAUUACCGAGCUCACAACUGGACUGGCUGUCUCUGGAUGAUAAUCAGUUCCGCAUGUCCAUCCUGGAAAGACUGGAGCAGAUGGAGAGGAGGAUGUCUGAGAUGGUUAACCACAGUCAGCAGCAGCAGCAGCAGCAGCAGCAGCAGCAGUUGGCACGGCAACAGAACACAUCACACUCCUCACUGCGCCUAACUCCUGAAAACCAGUCUGGGCCCUGGUUUGAGCGCCGGAUCGUGAGUGUGUGUGAGCGGAUGAUGAGUGGAGGAUGGUGGGGUGGUGGUGAGAGACUCACACACUGCAUCAGACACAGAGGGAUGACAUUACUGCACCUUGCAGCUGCUCAAGGAUAUACUCACCUCAUACACACACUGAUCCACUGGAGGACUCUGAGUGCUGACAGUCUGGAUCUGGAACAGGAAGUAGAUCCGCUAAAUGUAGAUCAUUUCUCCUGCACGCCGCUGAUGUGGGCCUGUGCUCUGGGUCACCAGUCGGCUGCAGUGUUACUGUACAGGUGGAGCAGUGUGGCACUGAUGAUCCCCGACUCUCUCGGUCGUCUUCCUCUUGCUGUUGCUCGCUCACGUGGACACACCCGCCUCGCCUGCUGCCUUGAGGAGCUGCACACACACACACUCUUUCAGGCACACACACCAGAGAUCACACACACACACAACCAAUCACACACACUGGACACGUCACCACCACCUCAGCUGCCCCUGUCUCCACUAUCUACAAGCCCUGAUACAGGUCUGAGUUCCUCCAGUAGUAUUCCAUCCCCCAGUGACCUACCCUCCCCGUCUCCAAGCUCCGCCUACUCCAGUGGUUCAGCUCUGCCCACCUCUCCUCAGUCUCCUAAUGACCCAAUGGAUACUUCUUGUGACUCCUCCCCAAGCUCCUCCCCAACCCCAGCCCUUCAGUGCCCAACCCCCAAACGUAUGGAUGCACACUUCCUGUUGGAUUCCUCCCCACACUCUCACACACACUCUUCAUUCGAGGCAGAAUUGUUCAGUUACAGCGAGAAUGCAGAGAACGAGGAAUUCCUUCCUGCUGAGGUCUUACAGGUUGACAUGGCAACACUGGCUGAGCAGAUAAUUGAGGCAACUCCUGAGCGAAUCAAACAGGAAGAGUUUCCCAAAGGGGCGGAGUCACCACUUAGAGAGAGGUGGGACAAUGCAGCUAUUCAUGACACCAUGCCAUGGCUUGCACCCUACCUGGAUACUGUAGACAGGUGUGUGUGUCCAACCCCACAGCCCCCUUCCCCUCUAAGUGCUCUAGCUCUGCAGAGGCUCCGCCCCCCGAGUAGUGCAGCAUGGGCAGAGUUUUUGAAUGCCUCAGCCAAUGGGAGGAUGGAGAGAGACUUUGCUUUACUUACUCUAACGGACAGCGAACAGCGGGAACUUUACGAAGCUGCUCGCAUCAUCCAGAAUGCAUUCCGCAGAUACAAGGGGCGGAGACUAAAAGAACAGCAGGACAUGGCUGCUGCAGUGAUCCAGCGAUGCUACAGGAAGUACAAACAGUAUGCUCUGUAUAAGAAGAUGACGCAGGCUGCCAUUUUGAUCCAGAGUAAGUUCCGCAGUUAUUACGAGCAGAAGAAGUUCCAGCAGAGUCGCAGAGCGGCGGUUCUCAUUCAGCAGUACUACCGCAGCUAUAAAGAGUACGAACGCAUCAAACAGGGAGGAAGAACUGGUACAGCACUCUCAAACAAGAUGAAAGGAUCGUUCCUGACAAAGAAACAGGAUCAGGCGGCUCGCAAAAUCAUGCGCUUCUUUAGACGCUGCAGACACAGGAUAAAGGAGCUAAAGCAGAGCAAAGAGCUGGAGCGGAGAGGCCUGACCACCUGAGCCCAAACACACACACACACACACACACACACUUAUCCCUACAGGUUUACAAUCAUUGACUAAAAUAACCUGCAAGACUUCCUGCAUGUCCUCUAAAGGAGUGAAAAUGUUCCUUCCUCCGUCUCCUGACCUUUAACUCUCGCACUUAAAAACCAUGAAUGAACUCGUACAGGUUCGUUGUCCAUGUUUACGUUCCCUGGGAUUGGACUUUGCCAGCUAGCGAUUUUCUGUGCUAGCGUUGUGAGUUAGUUGUGUUCUGCUGCUUGAACCGAUUUAGACUCUAUUUUUUAAAUUUUCUCGUGUUGCAGCUUGUAAAGUGUCUCAUAUAUAUAUAUAUAUAUAUAUAACGUAUCUCUAUAUAAUUCAGUGCUCCAUGUGUGUAAACUUUUAUAUUCUACAGAAACAAAUGUCUUUCUGCUUUGAGGCGUCUCAGCAUGUUUGAAAUGUUUACCUUUUCAGUGAGAAACAAUUCUGUCUCACUGCUGAUUUUCAGUCUUAGACCUUCUCACAUUGUCCACUUCCCCUCAUCCUCGUCCCCUCAGAUUACCCAGAAGACACUGCUGCACUCAGUCUCUUUUUCCUUCAAUAUGUCAAGACUAAACCUUAGAACCAGAAGCUUCAGGUUUCAGAACUCAUACAUGGUGUUUGUUAAUGACUUGAAGGUCCCAGAUCUUACAGCAUGAAAUCUAACGUCUUAAACAGAUGUAACGUAUCUCAGAUCAGACACCAGCUGAAACCUUUCGUGUGGAGACGUUUCACCUGAUGUUCAGAUGAUUUGUGGCUGUGAUUUAGACCUAAUAAUGAAAUCGUUACUAUAAACUUAUAUACAGUGACUUUAACUUCUGUUUUUAGAUCAAAUCUGUACUUAAGAUUAUUUCAAGAGAAAAACAUUUAUAAUGAUGUGUGAAGGAGGGAAAGUGUGUGUGUGUGUGUGUGUGUGUGAGAAACUGCUGAAGGUUUCGAGCUAUUUCUCUGAGCAGCUCAACAAUAAACACCAUGACGAAGCCAGGAGCAGAAACGUUCACCCUGAUGCUGGACUCCAGGUUCCUCUGCUGUGUGUGGAUCGUUUCUGACAUUAAACCUGUUUAAAACUGA